AUGUUGUUGCUAUCAACACUUGUUUCGUGUCUUCCCCUGGCCCUGGCGGCCAAUAUCUAUGUCGCCCCCACUGGCAACCCGACCCCGGACGGCAGCUCGGCCAAGCCGUUCGGUGACAUCCAAGGCGCCAUCAACAUCACCCAGCCCGGCGACGUUGUCAUCCUCCGCGGCGGAACAUACGACGUCCUCAAGAACAUCAACAUCACGGUAAACGGCACAGCGCAGGCCCCGAUUACCCUGCGUGCGGCCACGGAUGAGAUAGUCAUCAUCGACGGCGAGGGGCUGCCGAACACGCCCGCGCCCGUCGAUGCCAAGAUUCCCGGCAAGGAGCGCGGCGUUCUUCACGUCGAGUUUGCUCAGUACUGGAACUUCCAGCGUCUCACUUUCGCCCACGGCCCCUACGGCGUUUACGUCAAGGACAGCAGCAACUUGCGCUUCAACCAGAUCGUGACUCGGGAUAACUACGAGAGCGGCUUCCACAUGCAGGGUGCCCUGUCCAACAACGUGAUCUCCUAUCUCGACUCUUACGGGAACCGCGAUCCCAGGAACAACGGCGAGAACGCCGAUGGUAUCGCCAUCAAGGAGGGCAAGGGAGAGGGCAACAUCAUUGUUGGCAGCAGGUUCUGGGACAACUCUGACGAUGGAGUUGACUUCUGGACAGCAUCGCCUGGGGCAACGGCUACAACCGCUGGGCAAGUCGACCUCUCACUCCAUGACUUCCUGUACUCCAGAGCUGACCAUUUCGUCCAGGACCUCCCCGACUUCACCGGCAACGGCAACGGCUUCAAGCUCGGCGGCGGCAGCGCAGGUGACAUCCUCCCCGCCGGGCGCGACGUCGUCAACUGCAUCGCCUUCGGCAACAAGGCCAACGGCUUCACCGACAACUCCCAGACGGGCAAGUUCCUCUUCGAGGAGAACACCUCCGUCUGGAACGGCGCCGUCGGCUUCCGCAGCGUCAACGCGACGGGCGUCCUCGAGCGCAACAUCGCCGCCGUCAACCGCCCGGGCCCCCCGACCAACGUCACCUACGGCGGCCAGGUCACCCUGCGCGGCGCGCAGAUCUCCAGAGACAAUUCGUGGGACAACUCGGCGCCUCUGCUCACCAACGCGAGCUUCAAGAGCAUUGACAUCGGCCUUGUCACGGGUGCGCGUAACAAGAACGGCAAGAUCGCGGCCAGCGACUUCUUGUUGCCUGUCGAUGGAGCGAAGCGGGGUGCCACCACCUCCUGGAAGUAG